CUCGCAGGUUCAAUCCCUUUCUCCUCCCUCUGAAGACUGCAGCCUAUACUGGCAGCACACGUCAGAAUCAUUUGAAAGGCCCGUCCUCAAACAGACGCAAAGAUGUGCGACCAGACAUUUUUGGCCAUCACGUUUGGCCCGUGUGAUAACUGCAGUCAGAGCAAACCUCUGAUGAACAUCUAUCUGAAGAAUGAGCCCGUCAACUACUGCUCGCUGUGUGUGGAGCUGAUGGCCUGUCAGGGACUGGCGAAGGGCGAAACCAUCAACACGCUGAAAGCGGAGUCUGAAUCUCUGAAAUCCAAACUGGAGGAGGAGAGAGCCAAACUGCACGAUGUCGAGCUACAUCAGGUGGCAGAGAAGAUCGAUUCUUUGGGUCAGUUUGUCAUGAAGACCAGGAGAACUUUAAAGGGACACGGUAAUAAAGUACUGUGCAUGGACUGGUGCCGGGACAAGAGAAGAAUCGUCAGCUCCUCUCAGGAUGGAAAAGUCAUCGUGUGGGAUGCAUUUACUACCAACAAGGAGCAUGCAGUCACUAUGCCCUGCACCUGGGUUAUGGCUUGUGCGUAUGCCCCCUCUGGCUGCGCUGUGGCCUGUGGUGGGUUGGAUAAUAAAUGCUCUGUUUAUCCUCUCUCUCUGGAUAAAAAUGAGAACUUGGCAGCUAAGAAGAAAUCUGUGGCCAUGCACACCAACUAUUUGUCUUCCUGCAGCUUCACUAACUCUGAUAUGCAGAUUCUGACAUCAAGUGGUGAUGGCACAUGUGCAUUAUGGGAUGUUGAGAGUGGGCAGCUGCUGCAGAGUUUCCACGGUCACUCGGCGGAUGUGCUCUCAUUGGACCUCGCUCCCUCUGAGACAGGAAACACCUUUGUGUCUGGGGGCUGUGAUAAGAAGGCUAAUGUGUGGGAUAUGCGCUCGGGGCAGAACGUUCAGUCCUUUGAGACUCAUGAUUCUGACAUCAACAGUGUGAAAUAUUAUCCCAGUGGAGACGCUUUCGCAUCUGGAUCUGAUGAUUCUACGUGUCGUCUGUAUGACUUGCGAGCUGACCGUGAGGUGGCCAUCUACGCCAAAGAGAGCAUCAUAUUUGGAGCCUCCAGUGUGGACUUUUCUCUCAGUGGCCGGUUGCUGUUUGUGGGUUAUAAUGACUACACCAUUAACGUCUGGGAUGUCCUGAAAGGUACCAGGGUGUCUAUUCUCUUUGGCCAUGAAAACCGGGUCAGCACCGUCAGAGUUUCCCCUGAUGGUACUGCGUUCUGCUCAGGGUCAUGGGAUAACACCCUGCGGAUCUGGGCUUGAGGAUUGGCCGUGCACAUGUGUGUGAAGAGAUAUUUGUAGAGGGGCUUCUCAGCAUCACACAACACACAAUUACUGUAUUUUAUUGAUCUUAGCACAAAUGACUAAAUUUUUUUUUUUUUAUCCUGCUAUUUUCCUUCUAUUUUAGUAAAAUACAAAAUGUUUAAUAGAUUGCCAUUUUAUUAAUUUGUAAAUUACACAAAUCUAAAGAAUGUUUUAAUGUAAUUGUCAAUACUUUUGUAGGUACAUUUUAUGGUAAUGAUUUAAAGAGAGUUGAUAUCAGUUCUUGUGCAACAGACCUAGGAGUUUAUAUCCAGAACUUUCUCUGAAAUUCACUUUACUAUCACUAUUUUAUAUAUUUAUCUUACACAAUUAUAUCAUUAUGAAUGAGUUUUGCUUGCACUACAAUGUAAAAAAAGGAAUUGUUAAAAGCUGCCCAGUGACUAUAGGCCUUCUUCAGGUCAAAUGUGUAGACAAUCAAAAUCAAUUAGCCGAUAUUGUGAAAUGUUUCAAAUGUAUGUACACUAUGUAUUUACUGUUGUCUCAUAUUGUUAAUUGUCACUGUAAUCAGAAUUAAAUGUUAUCUACUUCUGUG